CUUCUGUGCAGGGUCGCAGUUGUGUACGAUCCGAGAGCGGUGGUGCGAACGGCCUACGGAAGAAACAGACUAGCGUAGCACACGAACCAUAAGGUAGAUGGCAACUGCGAAAUCAUUCCAGUGUUAUCGCGCGGUGGCCUUUGCCGUCUUCGUAGCCUCCAUGCCUUUUGGUUGCAGAGCACAGUACAACAUCCAGAGUAUGGAGACCAAAGUACUCAGAAAGCUGAUCGACCCUGAUGGUUAUGAUCGUCAAAUACGGCCUGCAGCUCCUCAUCGAUAUCCACUAGAACAUAACCCUCUUGGUGUUGAAGUUGAUGUGUCUGUGAUGUCACUGCACAAUAUUGAUGUACAAACCAUGGACUUCACGAUUAACUUAUCAGUUGGACUGAAAUGGAUCGACAAUCGUCUUAACUACGACCACACGAUUCCCUACCUGACUCUCACCGAACCACAUCGGAUAUGGAUGCCAAACAUUGUUAUCAGCAACGCGAAACGAGUUUCGUAUGACAAUGGCGAAUAUUUGUUCACCCGCAUCUACCCAAGAGGAGCAGUUCACCACAAGAAAAUGCUAACAGUGGUAGCUACGUGUUCCAUGGAUCUAAAAUAUUUUCCAUUCGAUGAACAAAAAUGUGAAGUGAUAUUCUCGAGCUUUUUAUAUACCAACGAUAUCCUUACCUUCAACUGGAGCACGGAACAUCCUAUCGACGUUAUUGAAGGGAUGCAGGCGAACAGUUACGACUUAGCGCAUGUCAAGGGUGAAGAAUGUGUCAUCACAACGAAUGCAGGAGACCACUCUUGUGUGAAGUUGGUGUUUUCAUUGAAAAGAGAGAGCGGAAACAUGCUGAUCCGGGUGUUUAUUCCCUGCUCCUUGUACGUCUUCGUCUCCUGGUUUGCGCUCUGGAUCAACAGCAAGCAAACGCUACUUCGCCUGCUGAUCCCACUGAUCACGCUGAUGACGAUGACAUCCAACUUGUCCUCGAUGGCUGGAGCGGACGUACCUCGGACGCCUUACACAAAGGCAGUCGACGUAUGGACAGGUAUUUGCGUCAGCUUCGUUUUUGUCUUCUUCUCGAAGUGGUCAUCGUCGAAUACUUGAAGCGUAAUGAUGGAGACAGGGACGAACCGUCGCCAAGCAACGAGGAUGACAAGAUGAGCGGGGUACAGCAGCUGGAGAUAGAGGAUGGACAGGUUGAGAAACCUUCUACAAGGCCCUCGCCACCCAGUUCCAGUUUCUUGACUUCUGUGAAGAAUAUGUUCACGAAGCCCAUGGCAUCUGGCGAUCGAGUAAAUGCAUUGUCGCGCCUGGGAUUCCCUAUGGCAUUCACUGUCUUCAUUCUGUUCUACGUCUGUUGCAUUGCGUAGUCUCGGAUACAUCCACCACAGUUCAUGUUCCUAUUACACCGAACACUUACGUGCACCACAAUCAGCCUGUGUUCACCAUGGCCCUGUUUCCACAAUUGCGACACAUUAAAUCAUAACUUUAUUGGA